CUUGAGGCAGGGGACUUGUUACUGUCUAGGCCGUGGUACAUCCAGAGUGGUGUCCUCAAUGGGCUUUAACUUCCACCGACGUCGCGAGAAAUCCGGACCGCCAUAGAUGCACGUGCGGGAUGGGACUGAAGCUAGGGCCUCCGACAGCCAACCAUCCUGCCACCAUGGCUUUAAGCGGCCCACGCCUUCAACCGCAGACGUCUGCGAAUACUCGAAGUCUUUCCCCAACUCGUUUUACAACAGACUCUGUAGAUCACCAUGAAUACCAUACAGAGGAUCGCGAUCUCGCUUAUGGUCAUUUUGACCUUUGCAUUUGUGUUCUUUGCGCAGACUGCUGAAGCUACCAAGGGUCCUAAGAUCACCCACAAGGUUUACUUCGACAUCCAGCAUGGCGAGGAAGAUCUUGGCCGCGUUGUAAUUGGUCUUUACGGCAAGACUGUCCCCAAGACAGCAGAGAACUUCCGCGCCCUGGCUACUGGUGAGAAGGGUUAUGGAUAUGAGGGCUCGACGUUCCACCGUGUCAUCAAGCAAUUCAUGAUCCAAGGUGGAGACUUCACAAAGGGCGAUGGCACCGGUGGCAAGUCCAUUUACGGCGAGAAGUUCGCCGACGAGAACUUCAAGCUAAAGCACACCCGCAAGGGUCUUCUCAGCAUGGCCAACGCCGGCAAAGACACCAACGGCAGCCAGUUCUUCAUCACGACAGUGGUGACAUCCUGGCUCGACGGACGCCACGUCGUGUUCGGCGAGGUGCUCGAGGGCUACGAGAUAGUCGAGAAGAUCGAGAACGUCGAGAAGGGCGCCGGCGACAAGCCCGCCAAGACGGUCAAGAUCAAGAAGAGUGGCGAGUUGGAAGUACCAGACGAAGGUAUCCACAAGGAGUUGUGA